UUGAAGUUGUCAAAAAAAUAUACGACCAAAUAAAUUAUUCCGAUACAAACAAAUAGGUACAAAUUAUAAAAUAAAGUUUGUUGUUUGGACUUCAGCUCUUUUUCCUUUUUUUUAGUAAAUUUAGUAUCAAAAAAACAAAUGUACAAAAACCAAAGAGCGGAAAGAAAAGCAUGGACAAGAGAAGAAACCGAAGGAUUUCUAAACUUCUAUAAAGCGAGGAAAUCAGAGUUUAAUAAUUCUCGGAAAAAAAGAAUGGCAUAUUAUAAUGUUUUGAAUGAUAUGAGAGGAGCUGGAAUCACCGGUCCCAAAACAACAGUAACCCAUUUAGAGGUUAAAAUGCAGACUCUUCAAAGGCUAUAUCGAUCAUUAAGAAACGAUCCGCGGAAGGAAAAUCUAUCUACCCCGUGUAUGAUUAAAAUGCAAGAAAUUUUCGAACUGGAUCGCGCAAAGCAUGAAAACUCAUUAAAUAUAGGAUUAUCUACUACAGCGAAAACGGAUCCUGUCCCUGACGACUACGGAGAGACAAACAUUCAUGAGCAUUGGGAUAGUUUCUCAGCAGAUGAACAUAUAAAAAUGGAAACUGACAUAGCAUGUGCUUAUAGUUCUUCUCCUUCUUUAAUCAUUAAGUCUGAGGAGAAUUCAGAAGAUACAACAGCAACAGCGGUAAUGCCAGAAACAUUACCAUCAUCUACAUUGGAUGAUCAUAACCUCUAUCCCAAUAGUCCUGCAUUUCUGCUAAAUUCAGAACCAGAACAAAACAAAAGAUCCAGAAUGAAUAGAGCUCGUUAUUUGGAAAAGAAAUUAUUAUUAAAGAUUGAAUCGGAAAGAAAUAGAAAUAAACGUUGGGAGCAAUUUAAAGCCAUCGAAGAAAAGAAAUUAGAUCUCCUUAAAAAGCUUUGCGAAAGUAUAAAAAAGUAAUAUUUGUUUUUUGUUUUUUUAAUUUCAUGAAAGAUAAUUUUGUAUAGAAAGUUUUCGAUUGAAAGCGACAAAUCAAACUGCAACUACUUUGAAUUCAGUUUCUUUUCUC